GUUGCUAGUGAAUUGAACAUUCUGGACUCUAGAGAUAGGAAGGGGGAUUGUAAAGGUGGAGGAGACGAAAUUGGGGUCCAGGUCAUUUACAUUCUAGGAAGUUUGGACUUGAUCCUAUAGGGCUUAAGGAGCUAUUAAAGGAUUUCAGUUAGAGAAGCAACUUAAUGAGAUUUCAUUCUAGAAAAAAUUACCCUGACAAACAGAUAUUUUGUUAGAUGUCGGUUAAAAAGAUUGGUUACACAGGCAGUAUUCACCCUUUCUUGCCUUGUUUUCAGUUUUCAGUUCUUUCCAAGCUCCCUUUGAAUCAGACUGAGUUACAUUUCUUUUUCUUGUCCAUUUGAUGAUUUUCUCUAGUGAAAGAAAUUGUUCUUGAGUAGACUACUGUACCAAAGGUUAGGGAGUAUUAGAGCGAUCUGUCUUGUGCUGCAGUUUCUAGGGGGUUGUAAGUCUUCCAAAUGGUCGUGAUCAAGUGUGUCAGAGUUCUUGUUUUUGAGAAAAAAAAAUUAUGGAUAUGUGGUACAGGCUAAAAAAUAGCAAUAUAUGUCACUGAAGUUUAGAUAGAAUUUCCAAACUUAGAUUUGGGUGGGAAUGAUGGCUUAGCUUUUUUUUCCCCCAAUAUUUUUCUGGAGAUUAAAAGAAAGAUUGGAUAUUUGUAUAUCUGGUUAGAUUUAUCUUUGCAGUAUUUCCCAGCCCUUUCCAUGUUAUCAAACGCUAGAACAUGGUCAUAGCUGUACAUCACGUGGGGUAAACUGAAGAAGCUGUUUAGGGCUUAGAGGCACCUGGCUCUAACGUCUCAGCCCAGGCAGCGAGGCGUGGCUCACUGCCAUGGCACCCUCUUGGCACAGUAGUUGGAAUGCCCCAUCUAGAAGCUUUAUAAUGUUUUUCCGCUUUUAUUCUGUGGAUAUAUAGGCUAUCACGUUCUGAGGCUGAGUAUCUAUUUUGUGGAAAACGUACUGUAUGAUGCUGUUAGUAUGAUGUGCAUUUCAUUGUGGAUUGUACUUUAUUACAAUCCACAAAAAGCCUUUUGAUUUUUAGUACAUAAAUUGUUGUUUUUCUGUAUUUGCAUAUUAACAUUUAUCACACUUGCCCAUUUUGUUUUUCUCAGAUGGUACCAAGGAUUAAAUUAAGUUGUUAUACUCAAACUGUGGCUAUGAUUUAAAAGGAGCUCUCAGAUCCAUAAUAUAAAUGGUCACAAGAGAAGUUUGUACACAAGGCACAAAAUAGUGAUUAUUUUGGUAGAAUAUAUUUAAAAAAAAACUAAGUGAAAACACCAAAACACAAAAGUAAUUACAGUAUUACUUAAUUUCUUUUUCCAAAGCUUUAAGUAAAAACAAAAACUAAAAAACAAAAAAACACUUACUAGCUUAUUUGCUCUGUUUUAAAAUUUUAAUGUUCUGUAUUUUAUUUCAGUUUCUUCAGGAAAGUUUUGCUCUGCAACUAAUUACGUGAUAGAUUUCCUAAGAGUUUUUCUCUUCUGGCUGGGUAAUCCAGGAGUGAAUCUAUGACACUGGAGUGUUUGAUUCUGCCCUUUGUUCUAAAUAAUGAAAUGAGUUUUUUGAGGUCAUUUUUCGAUAUGAAAUGUUUCUCAUUCACCUGAGGAAGAAUAAUGGCAGUGAGUAAUUUGGGGUGUAGUGUAUUUGUGGUUUUCUAAUAGUAUAGGAGUAAAGACCUUCAUUCACUGGAGCAGGGGACUAAGUGUUCAUGCUGAAGUGAAGAACAAUUUGUUUUAAUAUUUGUUAGAGCAGAUAAUGUUGUAAAUAAAUGAAUAGAUUACUAAAUCUCUCAGUGGUAGUAGAAGGAUUCUUCAGAGUCUUACUAAGUAAAAAAGUUGUGCUCCAAGUAACAGAAGGCUUCCCAUAAGUACUGGCUAAAACUCUCUAGGACAGUAGCCUAUCUAGAUAGAUAAACUGUUUUGUGGAAUAGCUGCAUGCUUCAGAAGUUGGGUAGAAGUUAAAAGAAAAUUUAAGUUGAAUUGUCUUUGAAAUGCCAGCAUGUCUGUUAUUUAAUGGAAUCUUAAAUCCCCUUACAAAGUAUAACAGGUAUCCUUUUGUUAUAUUAAGACUCAUUUAUGUUUGAUAAAUUUAGAUUUGGGAAUAUAAAGUUCUAAAUGUUAUUCUUAAAAUGAAUAUAUAAUCAGUGAUUCUUAAUGGAGGAGAGGAAUUUGGAAAUGUAUGGAGACUUUGUGGCUGACAGUUACUGGGGGACCUGAUGGCAUCUAGUGGGCAGGGGCCACUGUCAGACCUGUGGCAGCCUUUAGCUGUAGUCAGUGGUGAAGAAUGCCAGCAGAAAUUGCUUCUCAGAAAAUUUGUGUGAUUACUUUCUUAGUUUAGUGUACUUCGUUGUUAUUAACACUAUUUAAAGUGGAAUAUACUGUGCUUUUAGCUAAUUUAUCUUCUUUUGACCACUUGCUGUAGAAAAGUGAGUAAUUCUGAGGCCGAGUGUGGUGGCUCACGGCUGUAAUGCCAAUACUUUGGGAGGCUGAGGUGGCCAGAUCACCUGAGGUCAGGAGUUCAAGACCAGCCUGGCCAACAUGGUGAAACCCCGUCUCUACUAAAAAUACUAAAAAUUUAGCUGGGCAUGGUGGUGGGUGCCGGUAAUUUCAGCUACUCAGUAGGCUGAGGCAGGAGAAUUGCUUGAACCCAGGAGGUGGAGGUUGCAGUGAGCUGAGAUUGAGCCACUGCACUCCAGCCCAGGCGACAGAGUGAGACUGUCUCAAAACUAAAAAGAGUAAUUCUUGGUUUGAUACUAUGGGAAAUUAAAUAUGAAUUUAAUAUAGUCUUUUCUUAUAUAUUUAAGUUAAAAAUUUUUUGGGAGGUGGUUUACAUUCUUUUCUUAUAUAUUUUCUUUUGAUAUUUUUUCAAACUUACAACAAGAAAAGUUGUAAAAAUAGUACCCCAAAUUUCCAUAUACCUUUUGGUGAGAUUUAUCAAAUAUUUACAUUUUGUCCAUUUGAUUCUCCCUCUCCCUUUCCCUCUCUCACACACAUCUCUAUCUAGAAAAGAAAUUGAAAUGUUUAAACAAAACAUUUUCUGUGAAAGUCUGUUUUCCUUUUAUUUGGUGAUUUAAUUUUUUGCAUAAAUGUAAAUUACUAUAGUAGUAUAAGCUUAGUAAAGCUUCUAAAUUAUUUUUACUAGUUAAAUCUUAAAAUUUCAAAUUAUAUACCUACUAUUAUAUUUUUAUUCUUCAAAAGCUAUAUUUAUCUAGUUUUUAUAGACCUGUUAUUAGACGUUUUCUUUUAGAUCUACAACGUAUUGCAUAAUGUAGAUAAAUUUUAUAUGUAAAUCAACUUCAAUGAAAUUUUUAGUACAACACAAACCAGUGUGCUCCAAAUGACUUCUUUAUAAUAGUUUCAAGAGACUCCAUUCUUAAGAGAACUAUUUCGAAUUCCAUUCUGAAAGCAGUAAGUUUUCCAAUGGCUGGCCUCUUUAUGUUCCCAGAGUCCCAGAGACUUGAGGUGGAACCCUGGCUUUGCUGCUGGUAGCCACGUUAUGUAUGGCAAGUGGCUUGACUUCUUUAACCCCCUCCCCACACAUCCUUUACUCAUUCGUAAAUGUAGGUACCAGAUAGAUCAUCUGGACGCCUUCUAACUCUUAAAAUUUACUGUUAAGUCAGUGAGAAAAUUUUCAUUUCUAAUUUUGUCUUAUAGGAGUACAUCUAUUGGGUAAAACAAGGAAUUCCUGUAUUAGUUAUGAAAUAUGCUAAAUUACAAGAAACACAGUUUUCAGGGUUUGGGGGCCUACUGUGUUGCUCAGAGUCUGAUUUUCCAAAGUACCAUGAUUCCAAAUGCUGGUGCGUGUUCUCCGCUUCCUUCUGCUUGUUCUCCUGGCAGCCAGAGUUCAGAGGGGAAUUAUGUUUCAAAUUAAUGCUCUUAAAUAUUUGUCUUGUUAUCUCUUUCAUUAAUUUUAGAAAAUAGAGUUUGAUUUUUACAGUUUUCUUCUUGAAUCUGUGUUAUUAGAAUUGAUGUACUGGUUGGAAAAAAAUCUAUAUCUCUUUUACAUUAACUUCUCCAAAACUGGAUUUCUAUAUGAAAAUAUUAUGUGUAUGAUUUUUAGUAUUUUUUAUUUGUGAAAAGAUGUAGUGGAAAGCACCGCUUAGUAAGUGAGAUUUGUUACAUGGUCUGAAUAAAAUUCCACAUAAGUAACAUCCAGUUUUUACAAUAGUAUCUGGACAGCUAUAUAUUUUCAUUUUUUUGCAUUGAACACAAAUAGAUGUCUUCUACUAAGGGAAUUUGUGGCUAUCAGUGUAUGUGAUGGGUGCCAUUGUACAGAAAUCUCAUUUCCUGUAGUGUGAAAUUGAUAUUAGAAAUUUUCAAGCCUCUGUCUUUCUUCCUCAGAAUUGAUCUAAAAUAGUAUUUUGGUGUGACUUUUUUUUGGAGAUAGGCAGGGUGACUGUGAAAGUAAUUCUUUUCAGCUUCUCUUUAAAGCUACGGGUUAGAAAGGUCGGACAUAGAGUGAAAAUGUCUUCCCUUAUCCCAGUCUCCCACUCCUACUUUUAAGCACUGAGCCAUAAAUUAAUUCUUUUUUAAAACUGAAAUGCACUGUAUGUUUGUAUCAUGAAUGUGGCCCAGAAGUUAGGAGGUCAGGUGAAAAUGAAAACUUCUCCUAUGGGUUAUUCUUAUUCAUGUUCAGAGAUAAUGGCCGUUGUGCAGGCAGUUGGUAGUAGAGUGCUGUCUUUUCCCUCUGAAUUUAGAAACUGACUUCCCCUGGCAUUGCCUUGGUACCCUGGAGCGGCACCGGUUUGAUUUUGUUCUCACACAUUGGUAGCAUUCAGGUGUUAAGCUUUAAACAAUAAAAUAUAAAAAGAUUAUAGUCAGACACUAAUAGAUAUUCAUUAACAUUUAUAUUGUGGGGCAUUUGGCGUCACAAUGUCUUUUUAAAAAUACAGUUGCCUGUUUUAGAUGUUAGAAGAGUGGAAUAGAAAUGGAAUUUAUAGGAUGCCUUAGUAAAGGUUUGAACACUACAGUAAAGCACUGUGUUUGAUCUCUUCACUGGUGUACCUAGUUAUGUUCUAGUACUUGCAAGGUAAGGGAGAAUAUAUUUGCUUGAUUAUAACUUGAGAGAAAUUUGUAAAAGCUAACAUGUAUAUAUGUAUUAAGUUUUUAUGUAAAUUAUAAUAGUUGGUCUUUGUGUUUUCCUUUGGUAACAAUUUUAUAUUAUUGUCUUUCUAUGAUAUGUAGAUGUAGGUCAUGUGUGAAGUGUUCUGGAUUAGGGGAGGAGGAACCAGCUAUUACCAGUGUUGGAAGAGCAUUGCAAACUGUUUACUUUUGACAAUUAUGGUACAGCAGAUAUUGAAUUUAAUUUUCAAACCUGCUUAAAUUUGUUGUUUUAACUAAUAUAACAGAAAUUUACAUGCUAAGUGGUUAAUUCAGGCCACUAUAAUGUGACUACUAGGAUGUAUUUUGUUGGCAUGCUUUAUUAUAAAAAAUGUUUCUGCUGACAGAUGUGACCUAGAAGCUAUAUAAAGCAGGUUGCCUUACUGCUAAGGGGAAACCUUUACUGCUGUUAGAGUCUCUCUUCUGGAUAAGGAAAGGUGCUUCUCCAUUGCCAUUAUCUUAUCCGGGUUUCCAUACAUGGGGGCAAUAGGGCCAUUGUGGUUUUUAAAAUAAUCAGUGUUAGUGAGACCUUGUAUGGAAACUUUGUACUUUUGGUAUAUUGUAUACAUCUAUAUAUGGGGGACUUUGCACAGAACAGGAGAAAAACUCUACUUCUACUAUCUGGAUAUCCAAACUGACUGUUAAAAGGAAUUUGGUUCUCACAUGAUUCCUUAGCAGUAUCUCUGUGCUUAAAAAUAAAAGCUACUUAAAAAUGUUUGAUUUGUAUUAUAAAAAUGGAGUUAUUACUCUUUUCCCUGACAAUGUGAUAUAAAAGUUGUUAGACACUAGAAAUUUUAUUCUAACUGAAAAGAUAAGCUUUUCUAGCUCAGUGCUGGCUGCAUUCUGAUGGAAUAUAACAAUGUCUAGAUCUACAAAGUUUUCCUUCAUUAUUUUUUUUCUUUCAUUGGUGUUUAUCUCUUCUCAGCAGAUGAAAUUCUUACAUCUACUCCUUGCCAACCAGUCCAACUUUAUUUUUUCAGUGGGAUCAAUUAUUUAUUUUAAAAUAUUAUUUCUGAAAAUCUAUUUUUAAAAUAUCACUGAUUUAUUUUUGAACAAUUUGAGAGUAGGUUGCAUGUAUCAUGCUCCUUUCCCCAUAUGUACCUCAGUGUAUGGUUCCGAAAAACAAUGCCAUUCUUUUGCAUAACCACGGUAAAAUAAUCACAUAGAUAAAUUAGACUUAUCUAAUAUAUGAUCCUUAUUCCAGUGUUGAUAGUUUCCCCAAUGAUGUGCUUUACAGCAUUUUGCUCCUCCAGUACAGGAUUCAGCUGAGUGUUAUUCACACAUUGCCUUUUGUCAUCCAGUCUCUUUACUCUCCUCCAAUCUGGAAUAGUUCCUCAGAUUUUCUUUACCUUUUGUGAUAUUGAUGUUUUUGAAGACAACAGACCAGCUGUUUUAUAGACUGUUCCUCAGAUGAUGGAUGAUGGAGGGUUCCUGUAAUGGGAUCUGACCUAACAGGUGUGACUGGUUAGGGGGACAUUCUGUCAGGAAGCCUGCCUUCAAGAGAAAGGAACUACCUGGUGAUCUCUAGAUUUCCUUCACGUUUAGCUGUUUAGUAGAAAAUUCCCCAUUUCUACUUGAAUUGAAACAGGAUUCAAAUCUCUUGCAUAAGUACAGGAUUUAUUGUUCUGCUUUACUAGUUUCUAUUUUACUUUUAUUACAAAGUCUUGAGAAAAAAUUGACAAUGAAAUAUUUUCUAGAAUAUGAGAUGGCGUUGAAAUGAGACGGCUUUUGGCUUUUAUCGAGAGAUCCCUUUUAGUAGAAUUCCUGUUCUGAAUUAUCUUGAUAAAAAUCUCAAGAUGCUACUGAACAAAUGCUAUGAAGGUAUAAAGUAUAGCAGUAUUGAAUUGAAUUAUUUUAUAAUAAUAAAACAGCUAUAGCUAUUUGUACAUAAAUUGAGAUUGCUUCACUAAAGAUUAGCUGUUCUCAUAACCUGGUGCCUCUUUGUCCUGAUACAUUUUCUUUAGCCAAAAAUAGAAUAAAUGGACAUUUUAAGACUCUGAUUCUGAUUAGGCUGUAGAGAUUUAUGGGUCAUAUUAGAUUUUAAUAUGAAAUGUCAGGAUACUUAUCAUCUUAUAGUAUGACUGUUAAAAGUUUAAUAAUUGCAAGGUAUAGUGAAAGCUAGAAGAUUAACUUGGAAUAUUGCAAAGGAUAGGAAAUUCAAAUUCAAAGUUAGAUAACUUUGAGACACAUGAUACUAUAAAUUAAUUUCUUAAAAUAUUUUAGGGGUCAUGGUGUUUGAAUCUUCGAUUUUAAAACAAGUUUUAAGGGAGAGAAUUGUAAUUUUGAAUAAAUAAUAAUUGUUUUAAUUUUAGUAUAAACAGAUACUUAAUGAGCCCCUACAUAUGUACUGUUUCUGUGCUGGUCUUAGAUGAUACAGCCAAGAACAAGACAGACGUGACCCUUGGCCUUGUAGAUCAUGGAACUGGUGGGAAAGCCAGACAUUGAGCCAGUAGUACGGUCUUAGUACCAAAAGGGACAUCCAGGGAGUCCUUGCUCCUGCAGGAGCAAGGGAAUCUGUCCUCACAGGGAGGUUGGGAGGACCACUUUAAGGAAACCUUCCAACUGAGACCUAGUGAAGAGGAAGAGGAGAGUGUUCUAAACAGAAAGAACAACGUAUGUGAAGACCCAGCAUUGAGAGAUCGAGACUGACAUUAAGAAAUUAAGGAAAGCUUGGUAUUGGGAGAAUAGGUGGGUUAGAGAAGAUUUUAAGUUUAGUUUAGGCAAGUACUCCCCUCUUGCCUCUAUUUAUACUUUUAUCUAAUUUCAUUUAAACUAAUCGAUUUUCUUCAUUUUCCACAACCCCCUUUUCUUGUUGUUAACCACAACAUUAAAAUAAAUAUAUUUUGAAAAUGGGGGAAAAAUAUUACUGGUAACCUCACUAUGUUAAAGAAGCCAUUUACAUUUCUGCCUAUGAUCUUCUAGAAUUGUUUAGAUACUAUAUAUUUUUAUAUAAUCACAUUAAUAGUGUAUAUGCAAUUUUAUGUUUGGAUUUCUAACACUAAUUGUAUUUAAAACAGAUUUCAGUAAUUGUUUUCAUGGUUAGAAUUCACAAUUUUAUUCCUUAAAGGUAAUGACUCAUCAUAACUUACUUAACCAUUUCCUUUUUUUUUUUUUUUUUUGGUCAUUUAAGAUGGCUCAGUUUUUUUUUUGGUCAUUUAAGAUGGCUCAGUUUUUUUGGUCAUUUAAGAUGGCUCAGUUUUUUCCUUAAACUGGAAUUCCAUAGACUAGAUUUAUAAUGUUGAGCUUUUUAUGCCUAAUUCUUUUGCCUUUCUGGAAAAGAUUGCACCCAUUUACAUUUGCUCUGGUAAUUGUGUACAAGGAUAUCAGUUCCACCAUCACUAGCCUAGUAGGCUCAAAAUGACAUCAUAUAGUUGCUAUCUGUUGUAUUAUUUGAUUUCUAGACAGGAUAACUUAAAAAAUUAUGGUAAAGUACACAUACCAUUUACCAUCUUAGCCAUUUUUUAAGUGUGUAGUUCAGUAGUGUUAAGUACAUUAAUAUUGUUGUGCAACCUUAAUCUCUUCACCUCUUUUCAUUUUGAAAAACUGGAGGCUCUGUACCCAUUAAACACUAAUGCUCUAUUUCUUCCUCUUCCCAGCCUCUGACCUCUAGGUACCUCAUGUAAGUGGAAUCAUUCAGUAUUUGUAUUUUUGUAACUGUUUUAACUCAGCACAAUGUAUUUAAGGUCCAUCCAUAUUGUAGCAUGGGUCAGAAUCACCUUCCUUUUUAAGGCUGAAUAAUAUUCCCUUGUAUAUAUAGACCACAUUUUGUUUAUCCAUUCUUCUGUCAGUGGACACUUGGGUUGCUUCCACCUUUUAAAAUUUUUAUUCAAUUUAAUUUAAUUAAUUAAUUUAUUUUUGAGAUGGAGUCUCGCUCUGUUUCCCAGGCUGGAGUGCAGUGUCCUUGAUCACGGCUCACUGAAAGCUCCACAUCCCGGGUUCGCGCCAUUCCCCUGCCUCAGCCUCCCGAGUAGCUGGGAGUACAGGUGCCCGCCACCACGCCCAGCUAAUUUUUUGUAUUUUUAGUAGACACGGGGUUUCACUAUGUUAGCCAGGAUGGUCUCAAUCUCCUGACCUCGUGCUUCCACCUUUUGGCUGUUGCGAAUUAUGCUGCUGUGAACAUGGGUGUACAAAUACAUCUUUGGAACCCUGCUUUCAAUUCUGGGUCUGUACCAAGAAGUGGAAUUGCUGGAUCAUACUGUAAUUCUUUUUUUUAAUUUUGCAAGGAACUGCCAUACUGUUUUCCAUAGUGGUUGCACCGGCUUACAUUGCUCAAGGAUUCCAUUUUCUCCAUAUCCUCCUAGCCCUUAUUAUUUUCUGUUUCGUUGGUAGUAGCCAUCCUAGUGAGGUGCUAUUUCCUCAUUAGACAAGAUAACUUUUUCAUGGACUCACUGUUUACAUUUUCUCUUUCAUCAUAUCAUUCUAAAACAGUCUUUUCUCCCAAAAUGAUUAUGGAAAAAUCACAGAUUUUAACUUUGAAUGCUCCUUUUGCACCUUCCAAAAAUUUAUUAUGAAGCAGUGUAGCUUUUAUAUAUUUAUUGGAGUUUCAUAUGGUUUUUUGUUUGUUUCUUUGUUUUUUUGAGACAGGGGUCUUGCUCUGUCAACUAGGCUGGAGUGCAGUGGCAUGAUCUCGGCUCACUACAGUCUCUGCCUCCCUGGCUCAAGUGAUUCUCCCACCUCAGCCUCUCAUGUAGCUGGGACUACAGGUGUGCUCCACCACGCCUGGCCAAUUUUUGUAUUUUUCUGUAGAGAUGGGGUUUUGCCAUGUUGACCAGGCUGGUUUUGAACUCCUGGGCUCGAGUGAUCUGCCUGCCUCGGCCUCCCAGAAUGCUGGGAUUACAGUUUGUGAGCUACUGUGCCCGGCCUCAUAUAGUUUUAUUUUGAGACAUGUACCAUUUUGUGAUGGUCAGAGGAGAGAUAAUGCAUAGUAUACCGAAAAGGCAGAAGUAGUAAAAGGUUUCAGAAAGGGGGGAAGAGUGGAGAAUAAUAAGUACCAAAGAUGAGUUUGGCCUAAGGUACUAUUCUUUCAAGGACACUGUUGGCAGUCUUCCAUCACUGUUGUAAUUAAUGUGUUAUGGUGAUUACAGAUUUCAUACUGGGGGAAUCUCUACAAAAAUCUCUCUGAAUGUUAGAGGGACGUCUGUGUUUAUAUACCCAAGUGCUUUUGUGAAUUCUUUGGCAAUAUGUUUGUCUUUAUGUGUUUUAUGUGUAUGUGCACUUAUGAACCUUUUAUCUUAAAUGUGAUGUUACGUUGAAUUAACAUUUAUUCCAAGGCUAUACACACAGAGCUAAAUGCUUUGGUUUGGGAACAGGGUCUUGCUCUGUCACCCAGGCUGGAGUGCAGUAGUGUAGUCUUGGCUCACUGAAAUUCUUCCUGGGCUCAAGUGAUGAUUCUCCCACCUCAGCCUCCUGAAUAGCUGGGACUACAGGCACACGCCACCACACCCAGCUAAUUUUGUGUUAAAUGCGUUUUUUUCCUUUUCUUUUUUUGAGACAGAGUCUCGCUGUGUCCCCCGGGCUGGAGUGCAGUGACGUGAUCUCGCCUCACUGCAACCUCUGACUCCUGGGUUCAAGCGAUUCUCCUGCCUCAGCCUCUGAAGUAGCUGGGACCACAGGCACCCUCCACCACACUUGGCUGAUUUUUGUAUUUUUAGUAGUUUUCAGGGUUUUGCCAUGUUGGCCAGGCUGGUCUCGAGCUCCUGACCUCAGGUGAUCUGUGCGCCUCAGCCUCCCAAAGUACUGGGAUUACAGGCAUGAGUCACUGUGCCUGGCCAAUAACGAAUUUUUAAAAAACUAAUAAUGUUAUUUGAUAGCUUUGUUGGAAUCUAGAGUAGGUCCAGGUUGGUUGAAUGCUCUGUUUUCUUGAAUUUUUGAUUUUGAAAAUGAAGUCAUAUUUAAAUUUCCUUAUUAUGACUAAAUCUCUUUUCUUCCAUAUUUGUGUGUCCAUUUGCAUGUGGCUUUGCAAAGUUAAAAGAGAAGUCAGUUCUACACAAUGGGAGAGACUUCCUUAAAAAAUUGAAAAUGUAGUAGCCGGGCGCGGUGGCUCACGCCUGUAAUCCCAGCACUUUGGGAGGCUGAGGUGGGUGGAUCCUGAGGUCAGGAGAUCGAGACCAUCCUGGCUAACACGGUGAAACCCCGUCCCUACUAAAAAUAUAAAAAAAAAUUUAGCCGGGCACAGUGGCGCGGGCGCUUGUAGUCCCAGCUACUCGGGAGACUGAGGCAGGAGAAUGGCGUGAACCCGGGAGGCGGAGCUUGCAGUGAGCGGAGAUGGUGCCACUGCACUCCAGCCUGGGCAACAGAGCGAGACUCCGUCUCAGGGAAAAAAAAAAAAAAAAAAAAUUGAAAACGUAAUAAUAUGUAAAUUAGAGUAUGUUCAGUUAUAGUAUAUUAUGUACGGCUUUUAAUUCACACUCUUUUUCCAUGUAAGGGCACAACUCUCCUGUCAUCCUUUACUUGCAAGAAUCAUCUCAAUUGUAAUUUAAUCAUUAAUUUUGUAAUUAUUUAUUUAAUGCUGGUUUAUCUUUGUAGACUGGAAGGAGGUUGAUUACCCCUGUAAAACAGCAAUUGGCAUGGUACCUCUUACAUACUAGAUACAUAAGAAAUCUUAUAUGAAUGAACAGGAUUUUAUUGCCUUUAGAAUACACUCUGUACAGUCAGUAGAUUAAGAAUUUCUCAAUGUUGUGAAGAUAAAUUGGAAUAACAUAUUUUUAUUUCCCAUGUUUGUGAAGCUUUGUACGUGUUUAUGAUAGUGUCCACUGAGCUACAGAGUUGAGAAGCUUCUUGCCUGCUCUUUAUAAGCAAAAUGAAUUAUCAUUUGAUAAAAUAUUUUCAAAGACUGAUUUUCAAAGAAUUGCUAACUUAAUUCUAUUAAUACAAAUACUUCUGUUCAUAAACAAUUACUAUCAUAUAAUCUGCUUUGAAAUUAUAUGAGAGAAGGAUAAUGUUGUCAUCCAUAAACACAUAUUCUGUGGCUCUUUCCACAUCUGACAAUUUCAAGUUGUCAAUGAAUUUUUAUUUUUUGUAGUAGUGUGCUAUAAUUUAUAUUGUAGAAGUUUGUAGAGGUUGAUUUUCUACAUUCUAGAAUGAAGUGACUAUAUUUUUCCUCCUUUAAAACUUAAGUAGAGGCUGGGCACCGUGGCUCACGCCUGUAAUUCCAGUAAUUUGGGAGACUGAGGCGGGUGGAUCACCUGAGGUCCAGAGUUCGAGACUAACCUGGCCAACGUGGCAAAACCCUGUCUCUACUAAAAAUACAAAAAUUGGCUGGGCGUGGUUGCUUACGCCUGUAAUCCCAGCACUUUGGGAGGCCCAGUUGGGCAGAUCGCCUGAGGUCAGGAGUUUGACACCAGCCUGCCCAACAUGGCGAAACCCCGUCUCUACUAAAAAUACAAAAAGUUAGCCAGGUGCGGUGGCAGGCACCUGUAAUUCCAGCUACUCGGGAGGCUGUGGCAGGAGAAUCGCUUGAACCCGCGAGGUGGAGGUUGCAGUGAGCCGAGAUCACGCCACAGCACUCCAGCCUGGGAGACAAGAGCGAAACUCCGUCUCAAAAACAACCACCACCACCACCACCACCGCCACCAAAAAUUAGCCUGGCGUGGUGGUGGGCACCUGUAAUUCCAGCUACUGGGGAGGCUGAGGCAGGGAGAAUCAUGUGAACCUGGGAAGCAAAGGUUGCAUGAGCUGAGAUCGAGCCACCACACUCCAGCCUGGGCGACAGAAUGAGACUCCGUCUCAAAAACAAACAAACAAAAACCAAGCUUAAGUAGAAUGACAAAGAAAUGAAGGAAAUGAAGUCUAUUAACUGAUUUCUUAACCCAAAAAAGAGAGAAGAGUUAGAAAUGGUUUAUAGUUUAAUAUCUUACAGUCUCUUUAUAUUUUCAGGCCAGUGGACAUCUUGAAUAUUUACAGAUUAUGUUUGUCACAAUAAAAUCAUCUCUCACAUUUUUUUCAUCUCAUUUAUCUACAUGUUCUGAAAAGGAUGACAGUAGUUCAAUUCUGAAAUGUAUUUCCAGGAAAGCCAAAAAAGUUUUCUGAAAAGUGGGUUAAAAAAAAGUCUGAAUCAUUGCCAAGAAUGAAAAGAUGCUGGGUUGUUAUUCGUAUGAUCAAAAGAAUUUGUAGGCUUAGAGCAGAGUCCAAAUAUUCUUGUCUGUGUUUUUUGCAUAAAAGUGAUGUUGAUGACACAUAUGAAAGUGUGAAAACACGUUAGUUCCAAAAGAAUAUGCAUAAUAGUACCUCACUUUUGUAAAAUCAGUAACAAAAAAGUACAAAGUAAGUCCAAAAGAUUGUCAGUAGUGCUUAUCUCUGUAUGUGGGACCUAAGACAGAUUUUUAUUUUCUUUUGGCUUAGUGUUAGAUUCUUAUUUUUCUAUAGUGAGCAUUCAUUAUUAUUAUAAUAAUAAGAAAAACUAUUAGAGAUGUGUAUUGACAAAAAGAAGAAAAUAGAGACCUAUUAGUUUGUAAUUCUUUAAGAGUCUAGGGUGUUGGUUUGAAUUACUUAUAACAUUAUUUGCUCUGAAUAAUAGUAUAAUUUUGCUUUAGAAUUAUACCAGUACUCUUGUACUUUUUAUAUUUAGGGCCAAACAAGAUUUUGAUAUUUUUCCUUUGUGUGCCUCCCCCAUCCAUCCAUCCAUCCAUCCAUCCAUCCAUCCAUCAUCUAUCCGUUCGUCAUUCAUCCAUUCAUUCCUCCAUCAAUCCAUCCAUCCAACGAGUGAAAUCAUGAUAUUUUAUACCUUUCAUGUUUACAUAGUCAUUUAUAGUUAGCUUUUCCUAUGUCAUUCUUCUAGAAUGGUGGUUCUGAACCAUGGCUGAAGGUUAGGAUCAUUUAGGGGAGCUUUUAAACUUUGUGGUGCCCAGGCUGCACCCUAGGACAAUGAAGUCACAGUUCCUGUGGAUGGGUUCAGCCAUCAGUCCUUUGAAACUCCCCAGGUGAUUUCACUGCAGAUUGACAAUCACUUGUCUAGAAUGCAAUUUUUUUAAUGCCGUCUAGUAUUCCAUGGUGUACACUCACUGAAACUUUAUUAAGUUCUUGUUGUCGGACAUUUCGAUUAUUUCCCAUUUUUUUUGCAAUUAUAAAUAAUACACAUUGCAAACAUCCUUGUAGCUAAAUUUGUGUGCAUGACUAUAUUUGUUAAUAUAAAAUUGCCGUCAUAAUAUUACUGUUCAGAUAGUAUGCAAAAGGCUAAGGCUUUUGAUUCUUUCUGCCAAAAUGGAGAUCAUGAUUUUGAUUUGUCUAAUUAGGAAAUUUUUAGAAAUUAUAUUGUUUAACUAUUGAUAUACCCAAAUCUUUAUUAAAUAACAACUAAUGAGUCUAAAGCUAUAAUAGGAAAGCUUCAGAUGUUACUCAGGACAAGGUCACUAUCCAUGAGGGACAUGGUCUGGGGCAGGGUUUGUCAACUCAUCACUAUUGACUUUUGGGGCUAGAUAAUUCUCGUGGAGGCUGUUACGUAAAUUGUAGGAUGUUAACCGGCAUCUUUGGGUCUAUGCACUAGAUGCCAUAGUACCCCACCUCCUGUUGUGACUGUCAAAAGUGUCUUUAGACGUUGCUGCCCCCCCCCACUCUCCACUGGUGGUUUGUAAUCUGCAAACUACAGCCUAUGGGUCAUAUUUGGACGCACAUUCAUAUGUGUAUUGUCUAUGUGUAUUGUACAAUAGAGUUGAGUAGUUACAACAGUGACCACAUGGCUCACAAAAUAGAAAACAUUUACUAUCUAGCUUUUAUAGAAAAUGUUUGCAGACUGUAGAUCUAGUCUAUCUCCCCCAUGAGGGACAUGGUCUGGGGCAGGAAAAUAACUUGUAAAUAGCUAAAAUUCACUGGGAUAAGUGUUCUGAUAGAUUUAGGUAUGUAUAGGGUGUUGUAGGUAUGGGGAGAGAGGGAACAGCUAAUUAAUGCCCUGAUAAGAUUGGGAAGACCUCUUUAAGGAGAUAACAAAAAUUAGGUCUUGAAAAUCUGAGUAGAGAAAAUGGGGAAGUUCCUGUAGGCAGGGUGCAUGGAAUAUACAAAGGCAGUGGUGUCGUAUUCAGGGAAUGGAGGAAAGUGUCAUGCGCGCACUGCAUGUAAUUGAAGUAGUACUGGCAAGAAACUUCAGGAAUCGUGUCUGCAGUGAUAGAUGGGGACUAUAUUAUUAAUGAGGCCACACUCUAUGCUAAGGAAUUUAAACUUAUCUGUGUGCAAAUGGAAAGCCAUUAAUGUUUUUAGACAGGGAAGUGAUUAUCAAUUUGUGGUUUGAAAGAUUUUUCCAUAUGGUAUUCUGAUGUUACAUUGCCUGGUUCCUGAUUCUGUAUUGCAACCUGCCCUGUCAACUCAAAAUUGGUUUUGGUGCUACUUUGCCACUUAGCACAUUCUUCCUGGUUAUGAGUGUCUUAAGUCUCUAAUUCCCAGUGCCUACCUAGCACAUAGUAAAUGCUCAAUGAAUGCUUGUUGAAUGAAUGUAAGUAUUACUUACAGGAUCUUCAAACUUUUUUUCCCCCUGCAUCCAGUGUUGUGCUGGUAAAUGUUUAACAACCAGCUACUGGGGAGUGUGGGAGGGGGAAAACCCCGAUUGUAGUGUUUGCUAAUUUCUGUGGUAUAAAAACACCCACCACAGUCAAUUUUAAAACUUCAAGCUACCAGCAAGCUGAUAUAAAGGAGAUGUGGCACAUCACUGCAUGUACCUAGCAAGUACCUAGUAAAAUGACAUAAACUGAUCCCGCAGGUUUUUAAGUUGAAAUAGAAAGGUUUUUAUUGUAGCUUUUAAAUUCUGUAGUUAUAAAGGAUGAUAUUUUCAUAUAUUGUAUUGACAUUUAAAAAUAACAUUCUCAAAUCACUGUUCUAAAUCAGGAAUGGAAGGGGAUUUCCCUAACCUGAUGAAGGGUGUCUAUAUCUGAAUUCUUUAAAAAUUUUUAAAAAUAAUUUUGAUUUAUUUUUUUUAGAGAUAGAGUCUCACUCUGUUGCCCAGGCUAGAGCUGGAGUGCAGUGGUGCAAUCAUAGCUCAUUGCAGCCUCAAACUCCUGGGCUCAAGGGAUCCUUCCGCCUUUGCCUCUUGAGUAGCCUGAUAGAGUAUCUAUAAAAGGCUUAAAGCAAGCAUCAUCUUAAAUUGGAAAAUGUUGAAAGCAUCCCUUUAAAAUUAAAAAAGUAGAAAAGUAUGCCGGUUAGAACCACUUCUAUUAAAGAUUGUAUUGAUGGUUUUAGCCAGUGCAGUAAAACAAGAAAAAUGGAUUAGAAGUAUAAGGAUUGGAAGGAGGAAAUGAAUUGUUCAUAAAUUACAGAUGAGGUUGGGUGUGGUGGCUCAUGCUUAUAAUCCCAGCUCUUUGGGAGGCUGAGGCGGGCGGAUUGCUUGAGCUCAGGAGUUCCAGACCAGCCUCGGCAACAUAGUGAAACCGUGUCUCCAUAAAGAAUAUAAAAAAUUAGCUAUGCAUGGUGGCACACCCUGAGUAGCUGGUGGUCCCAGCUACUUGGGAGGCUGAGGUGGGAGGAUCACUUGAGCCUGGGAGGCAGAGGUUGCAGUGAGGAUUGUGCCACGGCACUCCAGUCUGAACGACAGAGUGAGACUCUGUCUCAGAAAAAGAAAAUAACAUCACCUGUAUAAUAACAUCACCUGUAUUUUUUUUUCUUUUAUUAGGUAGAGAAAACCAGAAGAAUUUACACAUAAAUUGUUAGAAAUAAGGAAGAUGUUAACAGUGUAGCUACAGGUACUAAGGUACAAGGCCAGGCACAGUGGCUCACGCCUGUAAUCUCAGCACUUUGGCCUGGUGGCUCACACCUGUAAUCCCAGUACUUUGGGGGGCCGAGGCAGGCGGAUCACCUGAGGUCAGGAGUUCGAGACCAGCUUGGCCAACCAACAUGGUGAAACCCUGUCUUUACUAAAAAUACAAAGAUAGGUGUGGUGGCAAGGCACCUGUAAUCCCAGCUACUCGGGAGGCUGAAGCAGGAGAAUUGCUUGAAUCCGGGAGGCGGAGGUUGCAGUGAGCCGAGAUUGCGCCAUUGCACUCCGGCUUGGCUGACAGAGUGAGACUCUGUCCUCCCCCAAAACAAACAAACAAAAAAACAAACAACUAAUAUACAGAAGUUAGUUGCAUGCUUAUGUAUCAGCAGUGAAAAGGCAAUUAAGAGACUCCGUUUUCAAUAGUAUCAGAAAAAAUAGAAAUAAAUCUAAUGAAAGAUAUGUAAGAAUUCUAGGCUGGGCCUGGUGGCUCACACCUGUAAUCCCAGCACUUUGGGAGGGCGAGGUGGGUGGAUCACGAGGUCAGGAGAUCGAGACCAUCCUGGCUAACAUGGUGAAACCCCAUUCUAUUAAAAAUACAAAAAAAUUAGCCUGGCAUCUGGCCUGGUGGCCGGCGCCUGUAGUCCCAGCUACUCUGGAGGCUGAGGCAGGAGAAUGGCAUGAACUCAGGAGACGGAGGUUGCAGUGAGCUGAGAUCGCGCCACUGUACUCCAGCCUGGGUGACAGAGCCAGACUCCAUCAAAAAAAAAAAAAAAAAAGAAUUCUAAAGGAAAAUUAUAUAUUUUUAAAAAAGGAUUUUAGGAGGACCUAGAAAUAGAGAAAUAUACCAUGUUUUUUGUACAGGAAAUCUUUGUAUCUGAAAAAUAUCAUUUCUACCUAGUUGACAUAUAGACCAAUGAAAUUCAAAUUAAAUCACAAUCAGGCUUACCAGGGAACUUAUUAGGUGAUUUUAAAUUUUAUAUGGAAAGGGUGGAAAGAUAAAGAGCCAAAAGUAGCUAGGACAUUUCUAAAUAAUAUCAGAGAGGGAGGAUUUUUUUCUAUUAGAUAUCAGGACUUAUAUGAAGUUACAGUCAAUUUAACCAAUGGGAUGUAGCCCUUGUGUUAUUCUGUUUGGGCUGUUCUAACAAAAUAUCAUAAGCUGGAUAGCUUACAAACAAUAGAAGUUUAUUUCUUACAGUUCUGGAGGCUGGGAAGUCCAAGAUCAAGGCACUGGCAGAUUUAAUGUCUGUUAGGGGCCUGCUUUCUGGUUCAUAGAUGGCGCCUUCUAGCUUCUCCUCACGUCUUGGAAAGGCACGGCAGCUCUCUGGGAUUACCUCUUGUAAGGGCACUAAGCCCAUUAAUGAAAGCUCUGCUCCUGUGAUUUAAUCAACUCUCAAAGGUUCUGCUUCAUGAUACCAUCACCUUGGGGGUUAGGUUUAACACAGGAAUUUUGGGGGAACUUAGACAUUCAGAUCACGGCAUGGAGGAAAUUGACCAGUGGGAUAAAAUACUGAAGUGAGAAGAUCCACCUAUGUUGUCCCACUGCUCCACCAUGCCUCUUCUGGGUACACUCCAGAGAGAGUGAGUCAGGAUCUAAUUUUUUAUUUUGAAAUAAUUUCUGACUUAGGAAAAUGUUGCAAGAAUAGCAUAGACAAUUCUCAUAUUCUUUUACCUGGAUUUCCCCAGCGUUAACAUUUUAUGACAUUUGUUUUCUCAUCCUGUGUUAAUAUUAUUGCUUUUUUUUUUUUUUCUUGAAGUGUUAGAGAGUGAGUUGAAGUAUUUACCCUUAACUAUUUUGAAGUAUAUAUCCUGAAAUCCAAGAUGUUCUGUUACAUAACUACAGUGCAGUGGUCAUAGUUAGGAAAUUAACUGAUGAAUCUAUAGACUAUAUUCAAAUUUCACCUCUUCUCCCAAAAUGUCCCAUAUUUCCCCUCACCCUUUUUGGCCUACUAUCUAAUCUGGGAUCCUGUUUUGCAUUUCGUUAUCCUGACUCGAUUAAUCUGUAACACUUCCUCAGUCUGUCUUUGUCUUCUAUGACUUUGGCAUUUUAAAGAGUUCAGCUCAGUUACAUACAUCAGAGUAUGUGAUCAGAUAUUCUUACUGAUGCAAUGUGUGAUGAAAAAUGAGAGAAACAAGAAAAAGCUAUUGAUUGCUUAGCAGAAGCUAAGCCUUGACAGUAGUGAACCAAUGUGUUCAAAGUGAUUGCUAUGUGAUUUUCAUUUUCAAAACCAGUGAUAAUACCAGUGAGAUAAGGAAGAUGAUGAUUGAAAUUUAUGAGACAUGAAUUUAGAUACUCCUCUCUUCCCUGGCCAGGUAUGGAGGAAAUAGUUGACUGAGAGGUUAAUGUCCUGCAUAUCUCCUUCCUUGCAGAAAGAGAAAGACUGGGAGAGAGGAAAGCUAAUGGAAAGUUACCUGUCAAAACAGUACCUUCCAAAGAUCUCCAGAAGAGAGGAAGUAAUUUCUCAGGAGCUGGAAACAUGAUUGGAAAACAAAGACAGUAGAUACUUAACACUUAUUACGUGUCCCAAACUGCCCUAGGAAGUGGGAUGAGGCACAGAGAGAAUUGGGGAAACUUGAAUUGAGGGGUUAGAUUUCUACUUUUAUUUGUUUAAAUUUACAUCUACAGAAGGAUUCAAGAUCACAGUUUUGACUUGAGGUUUAAAACUUAGUCUUUGACCCAUCUGAACUCUUACUUUGAUUUAGUUUGUGAGUACGAACAUAUUCUUUAAAGAUAAUAGGGAAUUAGGAGAGUGGUCCUCUUUUGUCCUCUCUUUCCAAGUAUUUUCUCACUGUCAUGGCUUGGAGCACUGAUUUCUGAACCUAACACCCAUAUGGAGCAUACAUUAUGGGUGGUAUAUAUGUACAUGGUGUAGCACGUCGUGUCUGAAGAGCUGAAAACUUCACCUUGAAUUUUAAAACUAGACAUUUUUACAGACGGUGCUUGCUGGAGAGAAAGCAGAAGGCUGAUUUUUGGAUCGGUUUACUUGUAACCUUGGUUGAUUCACUGUGCUCAGUUGUCCAGCUGAAAAAUGGGAAAAUAACAAGCCUUUAACUGUCUGAAGGCAAAGGAACUGCCUCUGAUUUGCUCUGGGAUCUAAUAUUUUAUGAUAUGAUAAAAAUGUCAAAAUAAUUCAUGGGAAGGAAAGAAAAAUAGGAGAGGAAAAUUGGCAGUACAGUAAGAGGAACAAAUUGCUGGUGGAGAAUCAGUUUAAUAAACAUAGCAUUUAGCCAUGUUCACCUGAGUGUCAUUUUUCUCUUUUAGUUAACUCUGUAGGUUUACUUUGAGAAGGGCUGCUAUGGGAUAAAUAGAACAUAUAACAAAGAUAUUAAAUAUUAAUUCAGCAUUUGUUACAACUUGGCUGUUAAACAUAUGGAAGGAGCAGUGGUUAUACUUGUUUUGAAAUUAUCUGGUCCAUGCCGCUGGAUGUUGAGACCAUUGAAUUUACAGACUCCUAUGGGAAUUUCUAGUGUGCAUGUGAAUUUAGACUUCUAUUCAUGGACUGGGAUGUCAGAGGUGUAUAUGUGAGGAGGAGGACAAGGAAUUUAUAGGAUAUUUUUGAGGCACCAUAUCUUUUAUGCAAAUCUGGGAGCUUAGAGUUAGCAAGAUAGAUUUUAUUUUUAUCCACAUUUUAUUUUCCGUUUCAAAUACAAGGUUUUUGAGAAAUUGGAAAAAAGUAUUAAGGCUUUCGACAGUGCAGGGUAUUUUGGUUGACUACUUAAAAACUUGCACAUAGCAUCUGUGAUGCACUGUGAGAAUUUAUAGCAGAGCACUUUAUUUUUUCUGUCAUGGCUUUUGUGAGAAAAUGUUUUCACUUUGCUUAGUGAUUUACAGAAGAUUACCCACAUUUUGUUUUGUUUUGUUUAUAACUAGUUAAGGCUGUGCAUAGUAAUACAUUUUGGACUUUGAGGAUGGGGCUUUCACACGUGCUGAAAUCACUUUGAAUCCAUCAUUUCAAGAAGAUACAGCCUAUCCUUUCGUUGUUUCUUAUUAACUGCUUCAGAGCCUUCAUGGAUAGCUAGGCAAAGCAUUCAUUUCUCUGAAGUUGAACUGUGUUCGUGCUUGAGCUUUCUGAAAGCAGAAAUGAGCUUCUGGUGAUGAAACCUGUUGGAUUUCUAGAGGAAGCAGCUGGAGUCUUUGGCUUGUUAACUAGCAAUGAUUCAAGUCUUGCAGAUUGUAAAGGAGCUGGUGACACCAUCAAGGCAAAAAGCAGCCACAGUGAAGGAAGAUUCAGACCAGGAUGUAGCACUCAAACUUGCCCAGGAGCGAGCUGAAAUAGUUGCUAAAUAUGACAGAGGACGAGAAGGUGCAGAGAUUGAACCUUGGGAAGAUGCUGAUUACCUUGUUUACAAAGUCACAGAUAGAUUUGGCUUUUUACAUGAGGAGGAGCUCCCAGAUCAUAAUGCGGCUGUGGAACGGCAAAAGCACCUGGAAAUUGAAAGAACUACCAAAUGGCUGAAAAUGCUGAAAGGAUGGGAAAAAUACAAGCACACUGAAAAGUUUCAUAGGCGAAUUUACAAAGGAAUACCACUCCAGCUCAGAGGUGAAGUCUGGGCCCUCCUUCUUGAGAUCCCUAAAAUGAAAGAAGAAACAAGAGACCUGUAUAGUAAAUUAAAACACAGAGCACGGGGCUGUUCACCUGACAUCAGACAAAUAGACCUGGAUGUCAACCGCACAUUUCGGGACCACAUUAUGUUUAGAGACAGAUAUGGUGUUAAGCAACAAUCCUUAUUCCAUGUGCUUGCUGCCUAUUCUAUUUAUAACACGGAAGUCGGGUAUUGUCAGGGGAUGAGCCAGAUCACAGCUUUACUCCUCAUGUAUAUGAACGAGGAAGAUGCCUUCUGGGCUCUGGUCAAACUCUUCUCAGGCCCUAAACAUGCCAUGCAUGGCUUUUUUGUCCAAGGUUUUCCUAAACUCUUGAGGUUUCAAGAACAUCAUGAAAAAAUACUGAACAAAUUUCUGUCCAAGCUUAAGCAACACUUGGAUUCUCAAGAAAUCUACACAAGUUUUUACACAAUGAAAUGGUUUUUUCAGUGUUUCCUUGAUCGUACUCCCUUUACACUAAACCUCAGAAUAUGGGAUAUCUACAUCUUUGAAGGAGAACGAGUUCUUACUGCUAUGUCUUACACCAUCUUAAAAUUACACAAAAAACAUCUAAUGAAAUUGUCCAUGGAAGAACUUGUAGAAUUUUUUCAGGAGACCCUGGCAAAGGAUUUUUUCUUUGAAGAUGAUUUUGUGAUAGAGCAACUUCAGAUUUCUAUGGCAGAACUAAAGCGGGCAAAGUUAGACCUUCCAGAACCUGGUAAAGAGGAUGAAUAUCCAAAGAAGCCCUUGGGGCAGCUUCCACCUGAACUUCAGUCUUGGGGCGUCCAUCACUUGAGCAACGGACAGAGGAGCGUGGGCCGGCCGAGCCCACUGGCCAGCGGCAGGAGGGAGAGCGGGGCGCCUCACAGGAGGCACGAGCACUCCCCGCACCCCCAGAGCAGGACCGGGACGCCCGAGAGAGCACAGCCAGCAAGACGGAAAUCGGUGGAGGAGGAGAGCAAAAAGCUUAAAGAUGAGGCAGAUUUUCAAAGAAAACUCCCAUCGGGUCCACAGGACAGUUCCAGGCAAUAUAAUCACGCAGCUGCCAACCAAAAUAGCAACGCCACUUCAAAUAUCAGGAAGGAAUUUGUGCCCAAAUGGAAUAAACCAUCAGACGUCUCAGCUACAGAGAGAACUGCCAAAUACACCAUGGAAGGCAAAGGUCGAGCAGCGCACCCCACGCUCGCAGUUACCGUCCCAGGUCCUGCCGAGGUGCGGGUGUCAAACGUGCGGCCAAAGAUGAAGGCCCUGGAUGCUGAGGACGGGAAGCGGGGCUCCACUGCAUCGCAGUACGACAACGUGCCAGGCCCGGAGCUGGACAGCGGCGCUUCCGUGGAGGAGGCGCUGGAAAGGACUUACUCCCAGAGCCCCCGGCAUGCCCUUUACCCUCCCAGCCCGAGAAAGCACGCUGAGCCAAGUUCUAGUCCAUCAAAAGUAUCCAACAAGUUUACUUUUAAAGUACAGCCUCCAAGUCAUGCACGAUAUCCGUCCCAGCUAGAUGGGGAAGCCCGAGGGCUAGCUCAUCCCCCCUCCUACAGCAGUCCCCCCGUUUACCACGGAAACUCUCCCAAACACUUCCCUACUGCCAACAGCAGCUUUGCUUCUCCACAGUUUAGCCCUGGGACUCAACUGAAUCCUUCCAGGAGACCUCAUGGUUCUACUCUUUCCGUCAGUGCUUCUCCGGAGAAAUCUUACAGCCGCCCAAGCCCCCUUGUACUGCCGUCUAGUCGAAUAGAAGUCCUCCCUGUUGACACUGGUGCUGGGGGAUAUUCGGGCAAUUCAGGGUCACCAAAGAAUGGAAAAUUGAUCAUUCCACCAGUGGAUUAUUUGCCAGAUAACAGAACAUGGUCAGAAGUUAGUUAUACAUACAGACCUGAGACGCAGGGACAAUCAUGGACCCGAGAUGCUAGCCGUGGCAAUUUACCAAAAUACUCAGCCUUUCAACUCGCACCCUUUCAGGACCAUGGCCUCCCUGCAGUUUCUGUAGAUAGUCCCGUGAGAUAUAAAGCUUCACCGGCCGCAGAAGAUGCCAGUCCAUCUGGAUAUCCAUAUUCAGGGCCCCCGCCUCCAGCCUACCACUACAGGAAUCGGGACGGGCUUUCCAUCCAAGAGUCAGUGUUGCUGUGAGAUUUGACGUGUAUUUGCUAAAGACGAGAGAGAAACCACGUGAAACCUACAUUGCUAUGUUCAUGAUUGCCAAAGCAGUAUUUAUACUAUUGUAAACAACUCGCACAUCUCUCCUGUCUGUUAGUAAUAAGAAUACAGGGAAAUGUCUUCAGCCCCACGUAGAUGCUGCUUAAGAUGAGCAUUUCAAUUGCAUCAUCACUGACCUGUUAGAAUUUAACCCGGAAACAUCGCAAUAGCAUUUAGGGAUGCACGCACAAUGGUAAUUUAUUACUCAGUUCCGUUUAUGUUUUUCUCCAAAACCUGAACAUUUUUACUCUGUUGGCUCAUUCUGUUUUGACUAAUGUUACAAAGUACUGAAAAAACUGUAGAAUAGAUAUUUUUAAGGCUAUAUGUAGUGUAUGUGUCUUUUAAUAGAUAGAGGCAUCUAUUCAUCCACAUUUGAACACAGAGCUAAAGAAACGUUUUUUAAAAAACUACUUUUAAUCCAGAUCCAUGGAAUAAUAUGUAAUUCUUGUUUUCCUUGUCUGUUAGUCCAGUUUUUCUUUUUCCCUCUCAUAUUUGUAACCUGGGUCCUAAACUGACUGAAGAGUUUGUCCUGACUUUAUUAAUUGCAGUCUCACAGAACGCUCAUCAUUCUCCUUCAGCUGUUGCCAUUUUCUUUCAAUCUGAAAAUUAAAGACGUUGGAGAGAAAGGCUAACCACUUAAUGGUGCUUAAAAAUCGGGGCAGUUAAAAUAAGUUUACGGCCAAAGGUGCAGCAGUGCUUAUCACAUCCACAUACUAAGAGAUUGGUCUUAGUGCGUUUGUGCCCUUUCUUCUGGUCUGACUCUUGCGAAUCUCAGAGCAGGAGAAGUUGCAGCUUACUGAUCCCUCAGUGCUCACAGUACUCACGUGGGGCAGCCACACUAACUGCAUUAGCAGUGUGGUUACUUCUUUCUUCUGCCUCGACUCACAUGGCUUCUCCCCACGAAGGUCCCAGGGUGGCCAUUUACACAAUCCAUUUCUGGCCUCUUUAUGGAAUGUAGUCGACGGAUAUUGCUGCACCACAUCAGGCCAUUACAUUGUCCAUGUUAAAAUUAUAAAAAUGAUCCUAGUUUUUCAUAGGAGUCUAGGAUUUUGAUCUUUUAAAAAAUACAGUGUGAUUUCAUGCUUUUGGACAUCUUUUUUUUUUUUUCAUUGAAACAAAUUCAAGUUCUUGGCUUAAAAAAAAAAUUAGUGAUGUCUUUAAAAAAUAUUCUGUUACACUACAGAUACCAAAACACUGACAAAGAUUUAGGCACUCCAAGAGAGUAUGACUUCGUGUUUAAUUGGGGAGCUUGUUUUCAACCUUGCUUAUAUUUGAAUAGUAGAAAACCCGACAUUGAUGUUUCUUCCUGUUGCAAGGUGGGGCUUUAAACUUUCAAGGUACAAAAGUAUGUCUUUUAAAAUGAAAGUAACGUUUGUUUAGCUAGUGAAUGUGACAAUAUAUUUUAUGUAUAUAAUGAGUCUAAUGUAAUUUUAAUCAACUUGGUAAUGAUGUUAUUAAAUAGCAAAACAAGUGCAGUGUAUUAAAGCUAAACACUACAUUGAAACGCAAACAAAAUUCUGAUGAAAUAACUGGGCUGUUCAUGCAGGUCAGGUGGAAGCUGAGAAAUAAAUGUAUAUAAAUAUGUAGCUGAGGAUAUUAAUUCCCAUUAUAUAACCAUAAUUCUGUGACUUGUAAUAAACCAAGCUGUACAAUUUAGUUUAUAAUAGCAGUAUCUGAGCUGCUCCAAAAUAUAUAUAUCAACAGUGGUAAAUACUGUAGAUUUAUAUAUAUAUAUAUAUAUAUAUGCAAAAAAUAUAUAUAUACACACAAGCACUAUUUUCUUAUGUCAUUUAUGACAUUUUUUAUCUGUAUACUUUUUUGAUGUGAUUGUUUUUUAACAUGCUAAAAGUAAUAAG